GGCCCGGCUCCGCGGGGCGCCCAGACCCGCCACCUCCCGCCAUGGCGCAGACUAUCAAGAAGGGAUGCUUCUGCCCGAGCUUCGUGAGGAGGAACUGGCUGCUGCUGAGCACGGUGGCUGCCGUGCUGGCGGGUAUUGGAGUUGGCGUGCUGGUACGAGAAUAUGGCAAAUUGUCCAACUUGGAUAAAGUCUACUUUGCCUUUCCUGGGGAAGUGCUGAUGAGAAUGCUCAAACUCAUCAUUCUGCCAUUAAUCAUAUCAAGUAUGAUCACAGGUGUUGCUGCUUUGGUUUGGAAGUGACCUUAAAGAUCAUCU